ACAUCACAUUUCACCACUUGCGAAUUGAUGAUGUGUCUUUAUUUACUGGUAAAAUGUAUACCUACAGGGACAACAACACUGGUGAAGAGCAGCAUGGAAUGUUGAAAAGCUUCAUAGAUGAGAAAGAUGUUAUCAAGGGAGUUAUACAGCCAUAUGUGAUAAACAGAGAAAACAAUGCCUCUCCUCAAAGGGAUGUGAAUGAUAUCAGGCCUAGUGAAGAGACAAUAGAAGUUGAUGUCAAACACCUUAGAGAAUGUACAGAGCAAGCCUUUUGCCAGCAUGAAAAUUUGUCUCCAUUUGUUGAGAGCCUAUCGCCAGUUUGGACCUUACCAGUUAAUAUUUUUAUCGAUGACACCUCGGCAAACAGAAGCAAACGAUGGCUUGGCCUACAUUGCAUCCAGAUGCAACCUACAGGUACAGUUAUGUUAUUGGAGUAA